GCCGCUUAUUGCGGGAAGGUGGGGAGAGGAGGAGGAGGAGGAAGAAAAAACCUUUCUUGGCUCGGCUAGGGUUUGCCUCUGCCUCUGUCUUCCGGCGGCCGGCGGCGAAGCGACUCCGACGAUGUCGAAGAAGAACAGCCUCUCCAAGCGCAAGAAGCAGCACGAGUUCGACCUCCAGAGGGAGAAGAAGGCCAAGGAUGAGCAGGCCAAGAAGCUGCAGGCCAAGAAGUCCAAGAUGAAGAUUGAUGGCAGCGAUAAGAAGAAGGGCAGCAGCUUCAAGGUCGGCAAGAAGAAGGUGAAGACAAAGCUCUCGGCCCUGUCAAAAGCCAAGGCCGCGCAAGCCAUGGAGGUCGACAACUGAUUGAUUCCCAUGGCGGCCUAAACUGCCGGACCAACGCCGGUCCUUUUGAGAAAGGAAGUCCCAUUCGACAUUUGCUCUGGCCAGGUCCCAUGUAGCCCAGCAACUUGACCCCUCCCUUUUGCGAUGGCUUACAUUCGUGUGGCGUUAGAUAGAGGAUGAUAUUUUCUAUCGUCAGAUGUUGCGGUUUCUGAUUGUGUAUGAUCCACCCCUCGAAACAUUUACAAGAUAGUAUGUGUUGUUGCCU